CGCGGAGCCCCACUUUAACUGAGGAGCCACUCGUUCCUAUCUUUCCAGCUUGCUUCUGGUCUUUGUUCUCUCUGUCUCUCUCUCUCACCGCUGACACAGCGUUCGUACUUCCUCGGCCUUUGGUUAAACCUGAGCUUGAUAGGUCGUUUGAACAAGCUUUCUGGCCCGGGAAGACUCAGUGUUGAUGAAAUGGUUCAGCUUCUUGCUUCAGAUUCCUCUCUGGGAUUUUCUUGCUGAUAAAUCUGUGGUACUGGAUUAGAUGAAGUUAGAGCUACUUAGAGUUGAACCGGGCGUCAAUGGGAGAGUCAGCAACAACUUCUUACUCGUCUUCUCCUUCAGGUUAUGGCAUUGGGCCGCCCUGGUUGUUUAGAGGAAGAGCAUUGUACCAGUUGCAUCUGGUUAAAGCAGAAAUCGCUCGGGCUUUCAUUCCGAAGGAGCUGAAGCUAGUUGAAGCAUUUGGGUAUACGCUAGGUGGGCUGUUUCUUGCUCACUAUGAUGACAGCCCGGCUGGAGUGUUUGAUGAGCUCGUCGUGAUUGCUGGCAUUGUGUGGAAUCCCCCAACAUCAUGCGCGUGGGCUUCUAGAGUGCUUGUGAACAGUCACGAGGCUUGCAGGCAUGGCAGGAAGGAAAUAGGUCUCCCAAGCCAUGUUGCUAUUUUCUCUAAGAGAGACGCCAAAGCUUCAGAUCAACCAUUAUAUAAGCACAGAACGAGUUUUAUUCACUCUAAGCCAAAAGAACAUAGUGAGAUUCAAGUAUUAGAGAUGGAGGAUUAUUCUCAGACAUCCAUUUGCAACAUCAGUUUACCUUUUGCUGCAGGUGACCGUUGGAUGGGUCCUAAGAUCAGGAUAUCACUUCCAAGUUUUAGUGGCCAGACUACACACAACCCUCAGCUUCUCAAGUACUCCUGCCAAAUUGAAUGCCGGGUGAGAGCAGUGAAAUCUGCUAAAGUAUCAAGGCCAAGGAUUAUCCAGCUUGAUGAGUUCUCCAAUGACAUUAGAGCAAAAGAGAAAAACGUAGAUGACAGAUUGUCAACCGAAAACGAAGAGCGGGAUCGAAGCAUUGCAGUUUUACUAUCAAAGCCUAUAAUGGCUUUAGAGUUCAAUCUUCUCAAAAUGCAAGUUGAGGCCCCCACAGUCGUCGCUACAUAAUAAGCAGUUGAUCCUAAUCUAUUUGGUGUCUUUCUAUUGACAUAUAUAGAGUUUAGGAAGGAAGUGUCCUUGUAAUGGAAUUUCCUUUGGUCUAGAGCCAAAAAUGGUCCAUCUUCUUUCAACAGCAGUAUUGCCACCCGAUUGAUACCGGUUGCUGCUUUUCGCUUUCAUGGUUUCGGACAUGAGAAUCUGCAUUUUUGAGAGAGUUCAUUGUGUGACUACUCUUAAAUUACCGAAAUGUAUUGGUUGCUUGCAUUGGUUUAAGAAACUCGAUAAUUGGAAAGCUUAUAAGCAUGUAAGUUGCAAGCUCCAUGGCCAUUGUAUCUUGCAAAAUAAAUGUCAGCAUUCACCAGAGAUGGUUGAAUUUAGCUUU